AUGGGUGAUGUUGAAAAAGGCAAAAAGAUUUUUGUUCAGAAAUGUGCCCAGUGCCACACUGUGGAAAAGGGAGGCAAGAAAAAGACUGGAGCAAAUCUCCAUGGUCUGUUUGGGAGGAAGACAGGUCAGGCGACUGGAUUCUCAUACACAGAUGCCAACAAGAACAAAGGCAUCACCUGGGGAGAGGAUACCGUGAUGGAGUAUUUGGAGAAUCCCAAAAAGUACACCCCUGGAAUAAAAAUAAUCUUCACUGGAAUUAAGAAGGGAGAGAGCGCAGACCUAAUAGCUUGUCUUAAAAAGGCUAUUAAUGAGUAA